CGGGCUGUGUGUAUCCAUUGUAUGUAUGUAUGUAUGUACCAUAUAUCUGUCGGGAGGAACCAGUCAUCUAUGUAUGAGUUCACGGCUAUCGAUUCCUCUAGAAUCAUACAAAGAAAAUUUUUUACAAAGGAACAAGGAAACACCCGUUAGAACAUCUUAGUUUGCUUUUGACCCCGUUCAAAUUUGAGGCACAACUUCCUUGGUUGCUAUGGCCCCGUAACUAAGUGUAUGUAGGAUGGUGUACAACCCCGACCCUCCACAAUCCAGCAGCAAGAGAGUUUUCUAGAACCACAGGGACCUUGACACAGUUAUGGGUCAAGUGUUCCCUUCCGAAAUAGGAACUAUGAUCGGGCAGAAUCCGCCUUUUUUUUGGUUGAGAAAGUUAAGUUCGCCAUCGUUGAAGCCCAUGUCAUGUAUGGAUGCCAUGCGGCAUUUUCAAACGCAAAAACCCAAACUCAAUGAACGAGAAACCGUGUGGAGAGAACAGCUGGCCACCCCUUGGAACGCAAGCCUCCGCUUGGAGCAAGCAAGUACUGUGCUACUAAUAAUAAUGACUCGCAUUAUUACCGUCGCCAGGGUUGCAUCAACAAGAAUCGGAGCGUUGAUUACCAGGAAUUUUAUUCGUCACCAGCCCUUUGGCGAUGGCUUGGCUCUCUUCCUUAAGACUUUUGCGGUCCUCUCUCUGCCUUGUACAACUGGGGGGCCUGAGGGACCGAAUCAUCCGAAGGGUCAUAAUGUCAUGCUCUGUCAGCCACCAUGGAUGAUCUUUUGUGGUGUGACUUUGAAGGCCCCAACGGCUUCAUGGCGAAGGCACAGUUUGGUCCAUCGUGAGAAAACGGGGGAUAAUUGUACGAUAUUAAGCUGCCUCACCACAGUGGGGGCGGGCCAGUGAUGGAAGCGCUUUGUUCCGGGGCACCUCAACUAAAACCCAGGAACGGAAAUAAGAUCCCAGAACGUAGACUAUGUAUGUUUCCAAUUUGGCUAGGCUUAGUAGUUGGGUAGUAGUAGUAGUAUAGUAGUAGAACUGCGAUGGAAUUGCAAUCCUAACCAAGCCUGGUUGACCGCCCC